GCGCCCUCCCUCUCUAACUCUCUGUCUCUGCCCCCCAGCAGCGCCCCCUGGUGGGCUCCCCUCGCGCCCCCGGACCUGGGCCGAGGGAAGAUGAGCACUAGCCCCCAGGAGGCGCUGAUCUCUGCCUUCCUGCAGUUCAUCGAGGAGCGGGGCAGCCGGGCCUACGGGGCGCUGAGCCAGACCCGCCAGCCGCUGCGCUGCGACAUGAACCUGCUCUACCGCAAGGCCAAGCUGGAGUGCCGACAGCACAAGGACGAGGAGCCCAAAAAGGGCUCAGCCAAGGACCCGGGAGCGGGGAAGAUCCGGGAUGUGGCCUCCUUCCGCCGCCACUUCCGGAUGGGCUUCAUGACCAUGCCGGCCUCGCAGGAGCACGCGCCCCACCCCUGCGCCAGCGGCAUGGCGCCCCGCUCCCUCUCCUGUCACUCGGUGGGCAGCGUGGAGAACGGCGAGGGGGCCGCUGGCACCAGGAAGCCCCCGGCCAAGCCCAAGCGCCACCCCAGCACCAAGCUCAGCAUGGCAAGCGAGGGGCAGGCGGCAGAGCCGGCCGGCAGCAAGAAAACCGGCCCCCAGAAGUCAUGCUCCGAGAGCCGAGAGCUGGGGCGCAAGGUGCCCCCCCAGAAGCCUAAGCGCAGCCCCAACACCCAGCUCUCGGUCUCCUUCGACGAGACCUACUCCAGCCGCCCCCUGGCGACCCCCACGGGCGGGGGGCCACCGCCACGGUUCGGCCGGGCCUUCUCCCACGGCCACACCAAGGGCUCGGACCCCGAGGACGAGGAGCCCGUCUAUAUCGAGAUGGUGGGGGACGUUUUGCGGGGCGCUGGGGGGCCCCCGGCGGGGGAGGAGGACUCCGACGAGAGUGAGGCGAUCUAUGAGGAGAUGAAGUACCCGCUGCCUGAGGAGGCCAACGGCGUGCCCGCCACCCCCCGCCCACGCCAGGCCAAGCUGGACAAGGGCAAGGCCUCCCCCUGCGACAUCCCCCCACCUUUCCCCAACCUGCUCCAGCACCGCCCGCCCCUGCUGGCCUUCCCCCAGGGCACAGGGCACAAAGGGUACAAAGCGGGCACCCAAGAGGCCUCCAAGCUCCCCGUGCCCUGCCACGCCAAGGAGGUGCCCGCUGUGCCCCAGCCACCGGGGCACCCAGCCCUGGUGCCCUCCGGCCGCGCCCGCAGCCACUCCACCCCGCUACCCCCGCAGCAGGCUGGGCAGCAGAAGGCGGAGAAGGAGCUGCCCAGUUCCCACAGCAUGAUCUGCCCCCCGUCCAAGCCACUGCCCUCCAUGCUGCCCGUGCCGCAGCCGGCCAAGGACAAGCCGGCGGUGUCCUACACCAUGGUGUACUCAGCCGUCAAAGUCACCACCCACUCGGGGCUGCCGGCCGAGCAGAAGACGGAGAAGGAGAUCUCGGUGCUGCACGGCAUGCUGUGUGCCCGGCCGGCCACCGUGCCCGUGGGCAAGCCGGCCCCGCGCCCCGUGCCGCCCCUGGGCAUGCUGUGGACUUACCCGGCCCCCUGCGGGGGAAUGAAGCGCCCGCCGGCCUACGAGAGCGUCAAAGGGGCCGGGGCCAAGGCAGCGGCAGCGCCCGUGGUGAAGUUCCAGCUGCAGGACCGCGGGGCCUUCGCCAGCAUCGCCUGCUCCCACGUGGUGGCUGGUGCCGACGAGGAGACGCUGGGCGUGGGGUGGGCGCUGCAGCGGAAGGGUCUCUACGCCAACCGGAAAGGCAAGGAGCCAGAGAAGCCCGCCGAGGGCGCCCGGGUCUGGAGCGGCAGCGGCGAGGCGCAGUUGAAGCCGGACAGGGAGGAGAAAGCCCUGGCGGGGACCUUGCUGUCGGGGAUCCCUGUGCGGGCCCCGGGACCCGAGGGAAUGGUGCCCAAGAUGCCGGGCUGCCGAACGGGGCUGCCUGUGCCAUGCCAGACCUUCCCUGCCUGCCACCGCAACGGAGAGAGCAGGGGCUGUGAGUCACUGAGGGAGCUGCGGGGAUCCCCGGGCUGGGACGCUGUGCGUGGGGGCGAGCAGGGGCUCAGGCCGCGCUCUGCGGCCCGUCUCACUCUCCCCUCCGGCGGGCAGGGCCUGCUGCCCCUGCCCGGGGUAGCGCCGGGCGCCCAGGAGCGGGACGGGAAGCUGCUGGAGGUGAUCGAGCGGAAGCGCUGCGUCUGCAAGGAGAUCAAGGCUCGGCACCGGCCCGAGCGCAGCCUCUGCAAGCAGGAGAGCAUGCCCAUCCUCCCCAGCUGGCGCCGCACCACGGACACCCGCAAGGCAGGCACGCCGCCCUGCCGGCGCCAGCACACGGUGCUGUGGGACACGGCCAUCUGACGCCGGGGCCACGGCCGUACUGCCUUGGGCCAACCGGGGACAGCAGGCCCCUGCGGCCGGGGUGGGGCGGAGGGGGUGAAUUGCUGGCCUUUGACCCCUCCGGUCUUCCGUGGGGGCCAUCCCACGGCGCCCACAGCUGGAAAGAGCCGGUCGGCUGGGCCAGGGAUGCCGGACUGCGAGCGAGGCCUGGAUCGGAGGUAAAGGGGGGAGGACGCCCAGCGGUGAUGGACCAUCGCCCCCUUUCCGCUGCCCCUGGACCGGAUCUAGGGUGGGGGUCACAACAAGGUGUUACCGGUGCCAGGCGCACCCACACCGCUGCCUUUCUGGAGGGAAGAGGGACAAGACUGGGGUGGCCAGGUUUGACAGAUGGGGGGGUUACAGAACAAAACUGACCCCCCCCCCCCGGCUGCCCCACUGACUCCCCAAUGUCUCCCCUCUGGCCCCACAGUGGGUACAGUCCUUCUCCUCAGCCGCCAAGUCCCAUUAGUGUUUUUAGACAGACGGCAGGACCGACUUGGGAUGCUGGCGCGCUCUCCGGACCCCAACCGCCAGGACGCCUGGUUCUCCCGCCCCCUUGACGUCUUUAAUUAACUCACCAGGGGAUGGGAGGCUGUCUCAAGUGUAAGGAGAUGAUGAAACUGCUUUGCAAAAUAUUUAUGCUGGGGCGGGGCUUGGGGGGGUAAUUUAUAUAGAGAAAUAAAGCAUAAAGCAGCCUCUGCCCCUUCCUUUCUGCCCUGAUCUAUUUCAAAGGCAAACGAUUCUCCCGGGAGGGGCGGGGGGGGGAGAGGUUCCGGAUUCAAUUCGGGGUUCGCUGGUUUAGAACGGGGUUGGUCUCUCUUCCAGACGCGGUUUCAGAGAAGAUGGAAAGCAGAGGGUUAUUUUAAAUGCAGCUGGAUUCACUGCUCUGUAGUGGACGGCUGGGAGGUGGUUACAGCAGGGGAGGCUGGGAACCAGGACUCCUGGGUUCUCUCCCCGGCUCUGGGAGGGCAGGCGGGUCUGUUGGGUUAGAGCAAGGGGGCUGGGAGCCAGGACUCCUGGGUUCUCUCUCCGGCUCUGGAAAGGCAAU